AUGUCUGAAGCAGCAAAGUUUUUUGGUGCCGUAGACGAAGAAGACGAUCGUUUCCAAAACUUUUCUAGUGAAGAGGAAGACAAUGAAAAGAUAUCUAGAGCUACGAUCCAUUCCUCCAGAAAUGACAAAAGCAGUGGUAGAGAAGCUUAUAAAAGUAUAAUAAAUAACGCAUCUGAAGAGGACGAGAAUGAAGGCGAAGCAGAAGAUAAUAGCGACGCGGAACUGUAUGUAGGAGGAGAUUCUGAAGAAGACAAUGGUGAAGAAAAUAUAAAGGCUGUCAAAUCAGAAAAGCCUCUGAAUAAGAUUUCUAUAGAAGAAGUUGAGAAGAAGAAGAAAGCUAUAAAACGUUCGGGUGUUAUUUACUUAUCGAAAGUCCCUCCCUAUAUGGAACCUAGUAAGCUUCGACAGCUUUUAUCCCAGUAUGGUAAACUCGGUAGAAUAUACCUUGCCCCCGAAUCUGCCCAGAAACGAGCUAGACGUUUAAAGAAUGGCGGAAACAAAAGAACUAUGUACGAAGAGGGAUGGGUGGAAUUUGAAAGUAAACGUGCUGCUAAAACCGUUGCUGACAUGCUAAACACUCAAAAAAUCGGCGGAAAGAAAACAAGCUGGUAUUAUGAUGAUAUUUGGAAUAUGAAGUAUCUUCCUAAACUCAAAUGGCAUCACCUAACCGAACAAAUUGCUGCGGAAAAUGCUGCCAGGGCCAGUCGUUUAAAUGUUGAGAUUGAGCAGGGCCGUAAGCAAGUAAAGGAGUACAUCAAGAAUGUUGAACGUGCCAAGAUGAUUGAAGGUAUUCAAAAGAAGAGAAAAGAGAGAAGUAAUUCAUCUGAAGAAGCCCCUGUCUCUAGUAAUAAUAAUUCUGUUGAGAACGGCCCUUCUAACAAACAAAUGCGACGUUUCUUCGACCAAAAAAGCGUUACAAAUAAACGUGUUAUGCCUAAAAAUGAAAACGAACAAAGAAAAGUUGAGAACGUUCUCAGUAAGGUGCUUUAA